CUUGAAUUAACCACUCCUCUCCUCGGUAUCGGGGCAAAUGCGCAAUUUAAUGAAGAAAAAUAACAAGUUAUAUGUUUUGAAAAAAGUUUCUAUUGAUGGGAUAUAUAUCAAGCCACUAAUCUCAGCUAAAGCUAUUGAAACUAACGAGUUUUACGAUUAAUUGGCUCUGCUCGUGAACAAGUUGCAUUGGGACAGGUCAAACUUUGUGACUAAAAAUGGCCAGCGGGGAGGUAAAAUAUGGGGAAAUUAAGAGGAAGCGUCAGUUUAGGAUAAAUGAAGCCGAAAAGAAACUUAAAAGAGAGCUUAGGUUGAUAAAUGGAAAAUCUGAAAGGGCGAAAAAAAAAGCGGACCGGGCCAUUGAAAACAUGAAAGAAGAAAUGGACAGGCUUCAGUCGGCGAAAGAUACAGCUAUAAGAGAUUUUGAAGAAGAGAAACGGUUGGCAGAUGAGGAAGCUGAACGAGAUCUAGAGGCUGCCAAACAGCUGGAAGAAGAACAAAAUAAAAGGAUGGGUUCCAAGAAAAGCUUAACUGUUUUAGCCAUAAUAGACAGCCAGAUAAUGGAGCUAGAACGGGAAAUUAAAGAGCAACUGGAAACGUACACAUGAACGAAAUUAUAAAUUGAAGAAAAAAGAAGACAAACUGCGGAUAACUGGAAUUACUGUAAACAGUCACACAUUAUAUAAGGUUGUAAAAAUUGAAUAUGUGAUACGUGCAUUUGGUCUGAUCGUUUUAAAGUAUGUUUCGAGUAAAGAUGAUGAAUGGUUCGAGCUUAACAAAUACCAGGUUCAGUGUUUAGAAACAAAACUAGAAGUUGAACUUCUGAAAGUGAAAAGUAUCAAAGGUCACUGUAAUGUUUUUAAAAUAUCAGUGUUUACAGGAUCAAUACGUUUUGAUAAUUGACAAUGCAAUUUUCUGAUAUCCAUCGAUUAUGAAUGAACAGUUCCCAGGUUCACAGGCUUUUCAUUAGCACAAUUCUUGACUUACUCGUACUACUGUUCUUGUUUAUUUAAUGCGUCGAUUGCAAUGUUAUUUGUUUAAGACAGAUCGUAUUUCAGAUAUUCAAGAUAUGUGCACAACAACCUUAUCUCAGAAUUAAAAUACGUAAUAAGAUUUAUAACUAUUUGUUCAAUUAAUCCAUCUUCUUUUAAAUUUAUUGUUAAUGUUGUCUUAAAACAACUUCAUUUUAAUGCGAUUUACAUUUCUCGUUUAACCAAAAAAUAUAUUGGUUUAGUCUUCGAUAUUUCUAUAAAUGCUCAUUUUGUGAAAACUAAGUUUAUAAUCUUGAUACUUGUAAGAUUAUUAAACAUUCCAAGGUAAUCAGCAAUAUCAUCACAAACCCUAUUAUUUUAUUUUAAUGUCCACCGCAGACCACCGCAAAGAAAAACUUUUGAAAAAUUGGAGAUCAGGUGAAUGGGCAUUGAAAAACAUAAUAGUGUUCAUACAAAAAAGCUAGAAUUUUGAUUAAAGCAAUAUAAAUGCGCGCAAAAAAUAUUUUUACGAUCUUAGAACGCUCGCUAAAAGGUAUGUUACAAUGCGUUCUGGAUAAGUAUUUAAAACAAAAACAAAAACUCUUAUUUAAUUUCAAACUGGUUAAGAUAAUAUACAUCGUGUAUAAAAUAACUGGCUAACAUAUAUCUGGUGAAAGGUUGCAUUUGAUAUUCAUUUACAUGCUACCAUGAAAUGUAAAUAAUUAUUUUUUGUUUACAAAUAUAUGUCGACAGAAGGUAAAACAAAAGCAAAAAAUAUUCCACGUAACCCCCGAACCAUUGCUCUUUUAGACGUAAAUUUAACAAAUUUGAGAAAAAAGAUAAACAAGAUCGCACUGUCUGAUCAUAUCUCUGUUUGAUAAACGUGACAGACGUUUUUGAUGUUUGAGCAUAAAGUCAACAAAUGGAGGACUGUAUAGGUGUAUGUCGUUUAUUUAUUGUAUGUGAUAUAUCACCCUGAAAUGUUUCAUCUACCGCAUAUGUCACAAUGUUUUAGAAAUUGCGCCUGUUUUUUCACAUAAAGCACACCAUGGUGCCUUUCGUUUGGACCUAAUCUUUGUAAAAAUGUCCACGUCGGUUUAUGCCCUUCGUUGUAUAUCGACUCUUUCAAGACAAUUAAAACAUUUGAUAAAGGUAUGACAAAAGCUGCCGAUGUUUGUAAUAUUUGGAAUUAGUUGCGAUAAAUACGACAGGUUGACAUUUAUUGGAGCUACAUAUGAGUAGCAAAACUCUAUUUUCUUUACUGGAAUGUACAUUUGUUUCUAUCUUAAAAAUGAUGACGUCAAGACAGCCGGUACUUGGUUCUGAUCGGAUAUACAUAACAAGUAAAACAAGUAGAUAAACCAGCGACAAGCCUACUCAUUAAUUUUGAACUUUCCUUUUUUGAAAAUCUUAUAUUGCAUGGUAAAUAAUUAUACAGCCCGGAUAAGGUUCAGUGUAGAUAAAAUAUUCCGACGAUCCGUUAACAAAUAACCACUGAUAUUUGAGGUACUAAGAAGGCAAACAAAGAUCAAUACCACAUGUAUGUGAAUAAAAACUAAAUCAGUCGAAUCCAAAUCGUGACGUCACAAAAUCAUUGUUGAACAAAACUAAAUCAACCAUUCAGAAACAACAUUAUUUAAUGAACUCCCAUUCAUAAUAUAUUACAAAAAAUGAAUAAAACCAUGCAAAGAUAUCGCCGAGACUUUAUCGUGAAAAUCUAGAGCUAUUAUUUAUACUCUUCAAUACUUUACAAUCCUCAAAUCACUUUUAAUUCCUUGGGCUAAGACGAGGUACUCGGUGUAAUUGUGUCAAAGCAGUUCUCUAAUGGAAUUCAACAUAAUAGUAUAGUUUAAAUACAGCAGCGCGGUUAGCUAAAUUUCUUAAUGCUGGCUCGAAUUCUGCCGGAUGGGAGUUUCUGCGAUGACCGUGAAAUAUUUUUUUAUAAAAAUAUACCUAGAAAAGACAGAAAAUGCACACUGUGCCAUCUAAACGAUAUAGAAGACGAGUUCCAUUUUGUUUUUGCUUACCCAAUGUAUAAUGAAAUCCGACAGACCUAUAUUCCUAGAUAUUAUGUUAGAAAUCCAAGUAUGAUAAAAUCUAUAUCAUAACUAAAUUCUGGAAAAAAACUAUGUUAAUAAAAUUAGCGAUUUUUUGUAUUAAGGCUUUUAAGAUAAGAGACAUAAAUACAUGAUAUCUUAAAUGACAUUCUCACAUUAUAUUGCUGUUAAAUAUGUUAGUUUUGUGUAUACCAUAUGUAUUGUUAGUAUAGUUACCAAAAUAUCCAUAGGCUUUACUUAUUUAUUUAUUACAUGCAUGCUAC